UAUUGGAUGGGUCAUGCCAUGUGAUAACUCAAAAUCAAAUUUUGACCCAAACCCCAUUUACAGCAUCCUUUAAUUCAGAUUUCAGAGUGAUGCUGAAUAGAAAUUUGGGUUUGGAUUUGAGAGAUGGAACAUGACGGUGACGGAGAUGGCUGUAGUAGUAGUAGACCAAUUGACAAAUCGCAGCAGCCACAUGAACAUGAUGCGUUUGUUGAUGAAGCGUCGUCUCUGAGCUCGACCCUCUUGUUGGAUCAUGUUGGGGAAGUCAUUCUUACCUUUAAUUCAGAUGGGUUGUCUUGGAAACUCGUUGAAUCAUCAGAUGAUUAUAAUGAGACAACUUGUUUGGGUAUCACAUUGGGUUCAAAGUUUGCAACUGAGUCUAAGUUCUGUGAUGUAUAUGCUGCUGAGUUUAUCAAUUAUGGUAUUGUUCAUGGAGCAAGUAUUUUGGUUCAGAACUCUGAGAUGUACCGCUUUACAGUGCAUGGUUUUGAAAGGUCAAAGACUCAGCCUUCUGUAUGGGCCCUAGCUGUUUAUACGUUUGGUCACAAGGAUAUGCAAAUAUGUCAAAUGUGGGCGAAUCAAAUCAAUGAUACUAUAAAACUGGAAGUAGAGAGGCCAAAGAAUCUUAUGGUUUUCAUUCAUCCAAGGAGUGGAAAGGGAAAUGGCUGCAAAAUCUGGGAAAUGGUGGCUCCUAUAUUCUCACGUGCUAAAGUGAAAACAAAGGUGAUUGUGACACAAAGGGCAGGGCAGGCGUUUGAUGUGGUGCAAUCUACUUCGAACAAUGAACUGAAUUUAUAUGAUGGAGUUGUUACUGUUGGUGGUGAUGGUUUCUUCAAUGAAAUUCUCAACGGGUUCCUUAAAUCUAGACAUAAAGCCCCAUUCCCACCAGCUCCUUCAGAUUUUUCUCAUUCUAUUGGAGAUUUUGGUAGUUCUGGUGUUAAUGAACUAAAUGAGACAGUUGCUGAACCUUCUCAGAAUGAAGACCAGUUUCCUCUUCUUCCAAGUUCAAAACAUAAUGGAAGUCAAGAUGCAUCAUGCAGCGCAGACCAAGAUCCUGAUUUGCUCCUCCCAAAUGAACGAUUUAGAUUUGGAAUAAUUCCUGCAGGUUCAACUGAUGCCAUUGUGAUGUGUACUACUGGAGUUCGAGAUCCUAUUACAUCUGCAUUACAGAUUGUGCUGGGUAAAAGGGUGUGCCUGGAUAUUGCCCAAGUUGUGAGGUGGAAAUUAACGUCUGCGUCAAAGGUUGAACCUUAUGUACGCUAUGCGGCUUCUUUUGCUGGGUAUGGGUUUUAUGGAGAUGUCAUUACAGAGAGUGAAAAGCUUCGCUGGAUGGGCCCCAAACGUUAUGAUUAUGCCGGAACAAAGGUGUUUUUAAGGCAUAGGUCAUAUCAGGCUGAAAUAGCAUACCUGGAAGUCAAAUGUGAAGAAACAAAUUUGUCUGAUUCUGAAAGCAGUAAUCUGGUCAGUCCUGUAAAAGAAUCUGGUAGCCCAAGUGUAUCCGAAAGAGUGAUUUGCCGUGUAAACUGCAAAGUCUGUAAAACAAAAUCGAUUUGUGGGAACAGGGUUGGUUGCCGCUCGACACCCUACUCACAUCCAAGAGAAACAAGAUGGCGGAAAUCCAAAGGGCGUUAUAUUAGUGUUGGUGCUGCCAUAAUCUCGAAUCGAAAUGAAAGAGCGCCAGAUGGUCUAGUGGCUGAUGCACACCUUGCGGAUGGUUUCUUACAUCUCAUAUUGAUUAAAGACUGUCCUCAUGCUUAUUAUCUCUGGCAUCUUACCCAACUUGCAAGAAAAGGUGGAAAGCCGCUGAAUUUUAAGUUUGUCGAGCAUCACAAGACUCCUGCAUUUACAUUUACUUCUUUCGGCAAUGAGAGUGUGUGGAAUUUGGACGGCGAACGCCUUCAAGCACACCAACUAUCAGCGCAAGUAUUUCAGGGUCUUGUUAGCUUGUUUGCAACUGGUCCUGAAGUAUAACAGGGGAACCUUCUUCAAUUGAAAUGUCACAGAGGAGUUGAAAUGUUAGUUUUGUUAUCAAAUCGGGAUAACCUUGUUGUUAAGAAUCUCAUGAAUUUAUUUAUUCUUUCCUUGCCCCAAGGUCGGGGUUGGUACACAAUGCCACACUUCUAUUAUUUAUAGGAGAUAAAGAUCGUUUCUCCUGCUGCUAUCUUGAGGCCUUUGGUAGAGUUUUCACUGAAAUACAAAAUUAUAUAUUAUGUUUUAUA